AUCUAGCUUCAUUCUCAUCCACACACGCGCACAACCGUUCCAGCAGGCACUGAUUAUUGCAUAUUAUGUUUUCGUUUUGCCUUCUUUCGUCGUAAUCUAUUCGUUACUGCUAGUUUCUCUCAAUCUAUAGCUGAAACUAGCGAGGUAGCCGCCGCUUUUCACAUCAAACACAGCUUUUGUAGUGUUGUCUUUUCAUUACUGUUAUUAUUUUAUCUACCAUUUUAUUACAUGCACCAACUUUAACAUACCUAACGCUGAUCCUUUUUCUUCCAAACACACACAAAAAGUAGUGCUAUAUAUAUACACAUAUUAUUUACAUAUUAUUUAGAUAUUUUACACGUGUGUUCAUAUUUAUUGUACUGCUUACACGACACUUAGACGCGCGGAGCUUCAUUCAUUUAUUGAGAAAACGGAGAUUAUUUCGGUAUAUUUGGUGUUAAAUUCAAAGUGACCAAGGAACAUUUCGACGUAUAUUUUACUAUAAGGAAAUUCAAGACUAAAUUGUUCAAUGAGAAGCGGAGGUAUCACGGAAGAAAACUAAUGCACAAAACAACUCUAGCAGCAGCAAACGGCAAUAACAAACAACACCUACAACAAAAUCCUAAAUAACAACAAGAGCUACAACUACACUACUACUACUACUACUACUACUACUACUACUACUACUACUACUACGACUACUGAAGAGUCGUUUAUUUUUAAAGAGAUUUGAACAGUUAUUGUUGUUGUGUUGUUAUUACUUGAAAUUUAAUCACCGCCAUCACUAACAAAAGUGAAAAAAAUUCGCGAGGAAACGCCACUGUGUACCUUCUUCGUUAAAAAAAACAACAACAACAACAUCAACAAAAAAAAAGGAACGUGUUCGGUAAAAAAAAAAUAAAGAAAAGAAAAGAAAAGAAAAGAAAAAAAAACUAUUAUUUAAUAAUAAUAAUAAUAAUAAUAAUAAUACCUCCCUAUUUUCUGUGAAUAAUUCUGUAUCUCACUCAGUAAAAGAAUGUCUGCACAUCACUCAAACACAGUUUUAAUCAGUGUUGAUGGAAGCUCAGAGGCAGAUCAUGCAUUGACAUGGUAUGCUAACACAAUGUGGAAAGACACCGACAAGGUUGUAUUAGUCUACUGCCCUGAAUGGUACGACCUUACCGAUGCAAGUCCAGGUGUAAUACAGGAUUUGAGCAAAAAGAUAGAAUCGCAUUCCAUGGAUGUCCGUAGACAUUACGAGGAGAUGAUGCAGAAAUUAAAGAUCAAUGGAAAAUUUCGGGUUGUGAAUUGCUCAAAACCAGGUCAUGGCGUCAUUACGAUGAUUGAUGAAGUAAAAGCAACGUACGUUUUAACUGGAACACGUGGUCAAGGGAAAAUAAGAAGAACCAUCUUGGGGAGUGUAAGCGACUACAUCGUACAUCACUCCCCGGUUCCUGUCGUAGUUGCCCGCCGAGAAAAACAACACAAACACGAAGAGCGAGAAGACGGCGAAUUUAAGCCAAUGGUUUAACGCAGUGAAAGUCAAGUAAACAAUGAACUAAAAGAGAGAGAAAGAGAAAGUGCAAAAUGAAAGGGAGGGAGAGGGAGAGAAAGCAGAGAAAGAAAAAAA